AGUGGAGAGAGUGGCCCCGGCCAGGCUGGUGCGGCUGAGCGAGGAGCGCCUCGGUGACGGGACAGACUCCAGGCCCGCCUCUCCACCUGGUGAUGGUCAUUGUUCCCCUGAACAGGGAUGGAGGAGAUAACAUCCCAAGAAGCAACAGAGUCACCCAGGGGCCAGUUUCAGUCUUUGGAGAGCCAGUCUGAAUGUCUUUCCCCAGAGCUUCGGUUUCUGCAGGACACGGAGAUGGAGCAGGGAUUCAGUGGGGCUCCACCUGUUCCCCAGGUGCCUGCUCUUCCCCAUGAGGGAAGCCCAGGAGACCAGGCAGCUGCGCUCCUGACAGCCAGGUACCAGGAUUUCCAAUUUCGAAGCCUGAUGGAAUCUCUCAGCGGGAACAAGAGCUGCAAGUCUUUGAUCUGGAAUCUAAGAAUAGAGAAGUCAUAAGAGAUGACUGUUCAGAUGGAGAGACCAGAGAAGAAAACAAGCUGUUGAUUCCUAAGCGGAAAAUUUCAGAAGAAGUACAUUCAUACAAAGUGAGAGUAGGAAAAUUCAAACAAGAUAUUGCUCAAGUUCCUGAAACAAGAGAGGUUUAUAAGUCUGAGGACAGAUUAGAAAGACUGCAGGAGAUUCUAAGAAAAUUUCUCUUUCUGGAGAGAGAGUUUAGACAAAUAACAAUCAGCAAGAAAACUUUCAGCAGUGAGAAGAAUACUGAACCUGAAAAAAGCUUCAGUCUAGACUCCACACUUGAUACAGAUCAAAGAGUUCUUAGAAUACAGACCACUGAUGACAGUAAAUAUGACAUGAACUUCAACCAGAACCCAGCUGUUGGCGAACAAGAACCAAUAAACCUAACAGAGAAUUUUCAGAGUACAGACUAUAAGGAAAGCUUAAUGGAUCUGUCCCACCUUAAUAAAUGGGAGAGCAUGCCUACCACCGACAGAUCCUAUAAAUGUGAUACUUGUGGGAAAACCUUCCAUCAGGCCUCAGCUCUUACUAGACAUCAGAGAAUUCACACAAGAGAGAAACCCUACAAAUGUAAGGAAUGUGAAAAAUCUUUCAGUCAGAGCUCAAGUCUUAGUCGACACAAAAGAAUACACACUAGAGAGAAAUCCUACAAAUGUGAAGCAUCUGAUAAGUCCUGUGAUGUUCCUGAUAAGUCUUGUAGCCAGAGCUCAGAUGUGCUUCAACAUAAGAAGGCUCAUGCCAAAGCCAAGUCUUACAAGUGUGGAACCUGUGAAAGAGUCUUCAGCCGAAGUGUGCAUCUUACUCAGCAUCAGAGAACACAUAAGGACACGUCCUGUAAAUGUACUGUGUGUGGCAGUGACUUCUGCCACACCUCAUACUUAGUUGAACAUCAGAGACUACAUCAUCAAGAGAAGUCCUGUGAGUAUGAUGAAUGUGGGCUGGCCUAUGUUAAACAGCAAGGAAUUCGUUUCCGAGAAAAGCCCUACUCAUGUAAUGAAUGUGGGAAAGACUUUAGAUUGAAUUCCCAUCUUAUCCAGCAUCAAAGAAUUCACACAGGAGAGAAACUGCAUGAAUGUAAUGAGUGUGGGAAAGCUUUCAGCCAAACCUCAUGCCUUAUUCAGCAUCACAAAAUGCACAGGAAAGAGAAAUCAUACGAAUACAACAAUUAUGAGGAAAGUUUUAGUCACAGUUCUGAUCUUACUCUGCAACAAGAAGUUCCCAUUAGAGAGAGAGUCUUUGAUUGUGAUGCAUGGGAAGAGAACUUCAGUCAGAGAGCACACCUUAUCCAACAUGAAAGGGUCCAUACCAAAGAGAAACCUUAUGAAUGCAGUGAACUUGGGGAGACAUUUAGUCCAGUUCAGGCCUCAUUCAAUAUGUGAGAACUGAGACCAGGGAAAGUCACAUAUGUACUGAAUGCUGUGAUGUCUUCAGUCAUAGCUUAUUCCUUGGUCAGCAUCAGAGAAUUGAUACCAGAGAGAAACCCGCUGAAUGUGAUGAAUAUUGGGAAGGUUUUUAUUUUUUUUUAUUUUUGGUGUUAAAUUCUUCAUUGGCUCCUGUAAAUCAGUGCUAGACUGUAUAGAAUAUGGUACAUUCUUCAGAUUAUUUUCAUACUUUAUUCACAGUUGGGGAAUUUGUACUGUCAAAUGUGAAAAAGCCAUCAGUCAACUACCUUGUUGGUUCAGUGUCAAAUUUGUGCCAUGCAUAAAGCCUGUGAAGAUAUAGGUGUGUAUGUCAGGAAACUCAAGUCAUACCCCGUGCUUGAUCACAUCGAGGAUACUACAUCCACAAAUCUAUAUCCAAGAAAUUAUUGGGAUAUAGUAAAUGUGGCAGAUCUGUGAGCAGGGAUCCAUCUGUCUUCAGAAUGUACCAGAUGUGAGUCUGAUUGUGCUGCAAAUGCUAAGAUCAAAACAUCUGCACCAGAUGAGACUGAUAUAUAAUGCAAACGGUGAAAUUUAACUAUUCUAUUUUCAGGCCUUGUCCAGUAUCAAAGUAUUAGAAAAUGCUUACUUCUCUGUGUAAUUAUUCCUAUUUAGUCUCAGUCUUUUUACUGCGGAAUAACUGAAUCCAGAAGAUAAUUGGGAAACGAAGUCAUUUUCUCACAGUAUCCUUUAAUAAGUAUUCUAAGUAGGUACGAGUAUUUUAUUAUAGAACUCAUUUGAGUGAAUUUAUUUUAAUUUGGCCAAUUCACAUUAAAACAUUUUUCUUCUUUGAAAUUGAUUCUCACUCACAGUUUACCUAGGAUGCUGUUAAUGUGCCAGUGUUGACAUAGCUUCAGGAGAGUAGCUCAAUGAGCCUUCUCUGUUCUUGGCUGGAGUGCUCUCCAAAGGAGACUCAGGCCUAUUCUUUUCUGAGGACCCUACAUACUAUUGUUUCUAUAGCGACACCCUUGGCUUCCUGUUGAUUUCUGCAUUCUCUUAGGCAUCCUUAAAAGAUGUUCUGGUGUUAGCUUCUCACCAGCUGAUAGAGUUACUUCCACAUCAGCCAUCCAUAAGUUUGGAGGAUUCAGUCUUCCUGAGUUUGUGGCAGGCACCCAAACAUUUGCAAGUGAUGUCCAAGUUUUUAGCUGCCUUGUUUGCAUCCACAGCCCUCUAAUGAGAUGACAAGGACAUCAGGGAGCCAGUAAGACUCCUGUUGGCCUAGCUACAUUCAUUCAGUGCCUACUUUGCAUGUAUGUGUAUAUUUAGAAUUCUUUUAUAUGCCUAUAUUGAAGGCCAACAAAAUGCUCAGGUCUGCUUUUGAUAGGGAAACAAAGAACACACAAAUCAGAAUAAGAAAAUACAGCCUUCCAAUAAAGAUAUUGCUGUUAGUGAUGUAUCUAGACAGUAUUUCAAGAGAGUGGCAGGUCCGUUCCUGGUAAAACCUUAAUCAUUAGGAUUGCUUCUUUAUCUGUUCCCUCCUCCACUCCCUUCAUCAAGCCAGGGUAGUAUUUUGAAGCAUAAAGCUUUGUGCAUAAUUAUUUGUGCAUUGCCAUACUUUUGUGUUGGGAUGCAGUCUUUGUUGCCCAGGCUGGUCUUGAAUUCCUGGGUUCACACAAAUUUCCUGCCUCCCAAAUAGCUGGGAUUAUAGGCAUGCGCUCCUGUGCCUGGAUUUUAUUUUUGUAUUUUAAUAGAAUCUGCAGGCUAUAUAAAGGAUCAUGGCUAUUUUGAUUUAUAGAAGUGAUGACAGGUGUUGAGUCCAGGGUUACUGCCCUAUACUACAUAGAGUUCAUGAUUCUUUACAUGAUGUCAAAGCAGUUUUUUCAUCUUAAAAUUCGUAACAUCUUGUGAAUAAGAAAAGUGUUAUUUAAAAUCUAGUUGUCAAUCAAGCAGUUGAAGCUUUCAUAGUUCACAUGUCAUAAUGUUCAUUAGAGAUCCUCAACCAGUAUAUAAAAUAUGCUGCUCACUGUAAAUCUUGUGGCUAACUUCUAGGAUAGUCCCACCACUGUAUUUUACUUCUUUGCCAUCAGUAAGCAUAGUGUCUCAUCAGGGCAAGAAAAUCAACAUAUAUCAAAUUGAUCUAAAUGUAAAAGCAAAUGAAAAAUGCAUGUUUUUUUGUCCCUGUCAAACAUGUAUAUUCUUACUUAUAGAGACCAAUAGUCACUUCUGGUGACUGAGGCAGAGGAUUUGAUUCAUCCCUAAUUAGCAGAAUCUGUAAAAAUCAAACGUAUGCAUUUGGGUUUGGAACGUGCUUAUGUACUUCUACUUGAAUAAAGGUGUGUUCAG